AACAAUAAAUAAAUUUUAGAAGUAUAUGUAGUAUUCCAUACUUUUAUGUGGUCGUACCUUGACCAUGUAAGAUUUAAUCGGGUUUGUUCACAUAUAACCGAAUGGGUAAUGAGUCGAUGUUUGGGUCAGUUAGUAUAGAGUCAAUUAGUGUGGUGUCGUUUAGUGUGUUUUACAUAUUUAAUUAAUUUAAAUAAAAAACAAUAGGGCAGUUUCUAAAAGGCAGUUAUGGGUAGUUUCUAUUGUUAAUAGGUGUGUUGGUUUGUAAUAGUUGUGUUGGGGAAGUCUUAGGGAACAAUACACAUUCUAAUGUUCAAAAUGAACUCAAGAAAGAUACGUUUGGUCGGAGCUAUUCUUGCAGUUGUUUGUGUUAUAUAUCAAACUUAUAUGCUUUCUUUCCAAUUGACCGGGUGGGUUGUUCACCCUUCUGAGAGAUUUUUAUCUAUUAAGAAUCAUGAGAUGGAUUUGGAGAAUAAUAUGAAUGUUCUUCUGGGGAAUGUUGACCAUUUGGAGGCUCUUCAUCAUGUCCAGUUGGCCGUUCCAUAUAAUUCUUCUGCCAGUCAUAAUCUAUCUGAGAAUUUUUUGAAAACAGAUGAAAAGAUUGCUCAUAUAAGAAACAGGAGGCAUAUUGAGCCUCCUUUUGUACCUUCUCAUAUUCCCGUUCGAAACAUGUCUGAUCACAUGCUGAGAUAUAUCACAUUAUUGACACCUGAUGAAGAACUUGCAUAUGCUAAAAAGGAGCUUCAGAAUGCCCCAUUGGUUACUGAUGAUCCAGAUUUGUAUGCCCCCCUGUUCAGGAAUGUUUCUACUUUUAAGAGGAGCUAUCAAUUAAUGGAGCUUAUACUGAGAGUUUACAUUUACAAAGAAGGAAAGAGACCAAUUUUCCAUCACCCUUAUCUUAGAGGGAUUUAUUCAUCUGAAGGAUGGUUCAUGAAGCAUAUGGAGGAAAACAGUCAAUUUGUUACGAAGGACCCCAAAAAGGCUCACCUCUUCUAUCUUCCAUACAGUGUUAGACAGUUGCAGAGAGUUCUUUAUGUACCCAAUUCGCAUAACCUUAGGCCUUUAUCUUCAUUUCUACGGGAUUAUGUGAAUGUUCUUGCUGCAAAGUAUCCAUUUUGGAAUCACACACAUGGAUCAGAUCACUUUAUGGUGGCUUGCCAUGAUUGGGGACCUUAUACUUUGAAGGAUCACCCCGAACUGCUUAAAAACACAAUAAAGGCUCUGUGCAAUGCAGAUCAUUCUGAAGGAAUAUUUGUAUCUGGAAAGGAUGUUUCCUUGCCAGAAACCACCAUAAAGAAUCCCAGAAGGCCCCUAAGGAACCUUGGUGGAAAAAGAGUUUCACAGCGUGCCAUUCUUGCCUUUUUUGCUGGACAUGUGCAUGGCAGGGUUCGUCCCAGGCUUAUAAAGUAUUGGAGCGACAAGGAUGAAAGCAUAAAGAUCUAUGCGGUUUUACCUAACAGUGUGUCAAAGACAAUGAGUUAUGCCGAACAUAUGAAAUCAAGUAAAUAUUGCAUAUGUCCAAUGGGGUUUGAAGUGAAUAGCCCGAGGAUCGUUGAGGCAAUAUAUUAUGAGUGUGUCCCUGUGAUAAUUGCUGACAAUCUUGUCCUUCCAUUCAAUGAAGUUCUCAACUGGACUGCAUUUUCAGUGAAUAUUGCUGAAAAAGAUAUUCCUAAACUGAAAGAUAUCCUACUAGGCAUUCCUAUGAAUCACUAUCUUACCAUGCAAAAUAAUGUCAAAAAGUUGCAGAAGCAUUUCCUCUGGAACUCAAGACCAACUAGAUAUGAUUUAUUCCACAUGAUUCUACAUUCACUAUGGUUAAGUAGGCUUAACCAUUCACAGAUAGCACAUCAGUCAUGAUAUUUUUAGCUAUCUGGCCCGAAUUUCUGAUUUACGCAUGUUAAGUGGUUGUGGAUGUGAGCAAGCUAAAGUUUAGUUCUAGUUGGCAUCGCAUGUAUCUUCAGUCUUCACUCAAAUGAGGAAGGGUUUCUAAUCUUCCAAAGAAGGGUUGAUUAAUAGUCCUAGGCCUUGCUUAAAGCAUGUCAUAUUAUAUCAGGUAGAUGUGUUAAGCCAUGAUGAUUGCUACCCAAUAUAGUGUUUUGUCAGCCACCAGAUCAACCCAAUGAAUGCAGAUUACCACUAUUUGACUGUAUAUUUGAUUCUUUAUUCACUUUUUUGUUUGAUCUACUAGUGGGACCCACCCUCCUCAAACCCCACACGCGUGGGAUGUUACUGUUUGUCAAGUGAAGAUUUCUUUCGCUCCGCUUUUGGAAGGAUUUACCACGGCUUUCUCAGGGAUUUGUAUAGAUUAGUCUUUAAUUGACCAAAGUCUAGAGCAGAUACUAUACCUUGCACAUUGUAUCAUUGCACACUAUACAUAAGGAUUUCUGAGUUCUUGAACCAGCUCCAUACAAGGAGAAAUAAUUGAAAAUGGUGGGCAUUUUGGGGAUUCAUUUCCCUGUAUCUUACAAGUU